CUGAGUGGUUCUAUCAGCAACCCGAGACGUUGUGGAUUCAAAAGAGAGCUGUAUCGCUCCGAUGACAUGCCAUCCGAUCAUCAGCAUGAAAUAAAUGGUCUUGCGUUUCUUUGAAUUUUUGAUGAGGAGCUUUAUAGGCAGUUCAAAGAAGACGCAUCAGAUGUAACCCGUUAUGGUUUCUUCCUGGAAAGUCCAGGCGGAGAAUUAGUACCAGGGCUUCGAGCAAGAAACGCCGAUAAUACUCAUUUAUAAUGCAUAUUGGACAGAUAUGUCUCUUCACGAUCCAAUGUUAACCGAAGUAGUGAAACGAUGUACAAAAAAGUAUCCAUCACGGACGUAGUCUUCCUCGUUGUGAAUGGACAAGGCAAAACUGACUAUCAAAUGGAGCAUCAUACGGAGGUCCAGAGCAAGGGGACCAUCCUCCUGCGCAAAAUCCUGCAUCAAUGAUUACCGCUGUAUUGCAGUAGCUCUCUCCUUGAACAUGGUGAAUCUAACGCAGGUUUUAUUUUGUGAAUUGUUUCAAGUAUCUGACAAUGAAACACUCGGACGUGAUGGACGGAGGGUGUAUUCACAAACAAGAGUUUGCCCCAAGGGCUACAUCUCGUUCGGUGACUUUACCGGCUUGUGCUGUUAUCUCAUAUCCUACAGCCGAAAGGUUGAGUGGCGUUACGCCCAAAAACAAUGUCUGUCUGCUGGGGCGAAACUAGCAGAGUUAGAAACAGCAAACGAAUUUGAUAUGCUUCGAAUGUACAUGAAGCGAUUCUUAAGUAAUAUGAAAUUCGUUCCCGAGAGAAAUUUAGGUUUUUCCCUCGGCGCUUUGAACACGCUCGAUCGUCCUUAUGAGUAUCGCUGGGUUACCAGCCAUGUAAAACUGAACUAUAACCGCUGGGCUCCAUUACAGCCCGACCUGGAGAGGGGAAGAAGGGUCGAGCAGCAGCUGUCCAUGUGGAGUACAAAAAAUUACUGCCUUGAUGAUGCAGCCACGAAUAAAGCAUAUGGUUAUAUUUGUGAAUACAGUGGCGAGUCAGUUUUUGUGGGCCUAUAAAUUAGUCUCUAAACAUUUCUGUUGAGUCUAAAUUUGCAUGUUCACUGCAUGCGCAAUGGUACCUGAGAGGUUCAUUCUGUGUUUAGUUUUAAACAGUCAAAGUGGUUGGUGCCCUAAAUUUAAUUUAACACUAAAAGGAGGAUGGACUCUAAGACUGAUUUUGGGAAAGAUUACUUUAAAUUAAUGAAUAAUGCUUUCUAUGGAAAGACUUGUGAGAAACAAACCAAUGAAGCAAAGAAACUGAGAGGAAUUACCAGGAAUGUUGUAAAGAGAGAUAUCACAUUUAAUGACUACAUAGAGUCUUGAAAAGAGUAGGUCAUCCAAGACUGUAGCACCUGUGUAUAUUGGUUUGUUGAAUUUCAUGGUUGUUUCCCUUAUGCCAAUAGCAGCAUUAUGUUCGUCAAAUACGCAAAUCGAUGAAAACCUGGGAUUGGCCAUGAUACUCUUGGCUCUCUCACCGUCCGAUACCAAUUCAAUUUCCAUCCUGUUCCUUAUGUUCUCGCAAGUCCUUCCAUAGAAAGCAUUAUUCAA